AUGUCUUUGUUUUUCAAUGGAAAUGUUCCUGAAAUUGUGAUUUUCCGAAUGUACAUGUAUGAUUACCUGAAGAAGCGUGGAUUGUCCUAUACUGCUGAAAUUUUCAGAAAGGAAGGCCAUGUUACUACACAACCUCCCUUUGAAUUUAAUCAAUAUCCACAUGGAUUCUUGCAUGAAUUUUGGGUUAAACUCCAUGAUGACAUGUAUAAGCCUAGACUACCAAAAAAGCUACCAUCCUCCAAUCAGGCCCUAAACGUUGGUUCUAAAAGAGACACUACCCCUCAAAUAUAUCAAGAAGGAUAUUCUAUUCAGUCCCUUGCAACAUUUCGAAGCAUUGACUUGCUUUCGGCCUGCGAUUUUUCGUCUGAUGGAAAGGUUUUGGCAAGUGCUGGGUUUGGGAGGAAGCCUUUAAUAUGCUACAUGGAUACCUGUGAUUGUAUUACUACAUCACAGUCACAUUCAGCUCCUAUCUCAGAAGUUAGAUUUCAACCAGGAACAAAUAUAUUUGCAACUUCUUCCUCUGAUAAAGCACCUGGAACAGUGUUGUUUGAUCUUGCUGGGCACAAUGGUGUGGUAAAGUCAUUAGACUUCCAUCCAUUUGAAGGACUUCUUUGUUCAUCUGAUAGCUUUGAUGUAAUUGAAGUAUGGGAUCUCAUUCAGGGUGUUAGGAUGAAAAACUUUAUAGCAGGUGGGCAACAAAUAAGGUUCCAGCCUGUAUCUGGGAAGUUUUUGGCAGUUGCUAAGGGAAAUACUAUCACCAUACUUGAUAUUCAGACUUGGAAUGUUCAAAACCGUUUUCAGGGACACAACAAAGAAAUUUUUUCAAUGUGUUGGGAUGCAAAGGGGCAAAAGAUUGCCUCUGUCACUGAAGAUUGUGCACGUGUCUGGUCGAUUGCGGUGUGCGGACAAUGCCUACAUGAGUAUCAAUCAAAUGGGAAGAGGUUUCAGUCCAUCAUCUUCCAUCCUAGAUACCCUAAUGCACUAGUUAUUGGUGGAUUUCAGAACAUGGAAUUGUGGAUUCCUGAGACUGGACAAGUAUAUCAUAUUCAUGCCCAUACUAAUGCAACAAUUACUGGACUAGCAGCUUGUCCUCAAAAUGAAUUCAUUGCAUCAUGUAGCAGCGACUGUACUGUGAAAAUAUGGAAAUGA